UAAAGUGUCUUCAAAAAGCUCUCCCUACCUUCUCCCUUCCAUCAAAAAGCAAAACAAACCAAAGCCUCAAAAUAAUGGAAGACGAGGAAGACAUGGGACUACCCUUUUGGCUUCAGACCACCAACCGCCGCCGGGGCCAAGCCUUCUAUAUCUUCCUCAACUCCGGUACCCUUCUCAUAGUCUUACUAGUCGUAGCAUUUCUUUUUGUAUUCAUUCUCGUCCCUUCAUUUGUUUCUUUCACUUCCCAGAUUUUCAGACCACACUUGAUCAAGAAAAGCUGGGACUACCUUAAUUUUGUUCUCGUCUUCUUUGCUAUUCUUUGUGGAUUUCUUACUAGAAAUAACGACAAUAAUGGUAACUCUAAAAGUACAAGCUCUCGCAGCAUAUCAAGUGUACAACAAGAUUUGCAGAGACAGUAUCCAUCAACGCAUGCAGUUAAUAGCUUUAACAGGUUAAGGAGUUUCAGUUCAUAUCCGGAUCUCCGGCAAGAAUCCUUGUGGUUGACCAAUGAUGAACGGUGGAGAUUUUACGAUGAUACCCAUCUCCAUAGCUACAGGUUUCCAAGCUCAUCGGAUCAGGUCCAAGAUCAUCGUCCACAACAGCAGUAUCAGGCAAAAGCAGAUCAAGAUGAAGAUUCUCUUACUAAGGAUAUAGAUGUUGAUAUUUCUUUGAAGGAAGUUGUUUACACCCCACCACCUUCGUCUCCUCUUCCUCCACCGCACUCACCGUCAGCUCCACCACUUUCUUCGCUGCUGCCACCACCUAAGGCUGUAAGAAGAAAGGUGAAGACAACGUAUGAAGAUCUGGGGCAUGAAAAGAGAGAAGAGAAGGAUUUGAAAGUUGAGAAAUUCUAUAUACCACAAACUUCUCAGGCUCCGACUCCGACUCCAUCACCACCACCACCGGUUUUCAACAAGAAUGAGAAAAGGAGAGGUAAAGGUUUCUUGAAUUCACUAAGAAUAAAGAAAAAGAAGCAGAGCCAAAAGAGUGUUGAAAACCUUCACAGCUUUUUCGACCCUCAUCAUCCUUCAUCUCUACCUUCCAUACCACCGCCGCCACCACCUCCACCACCCAAUUUCUUCCAGAAUCUUUUUUCUUCCAACAAAGGAAAAUCCAAGAAAGUCCAUUCACUUCAACCACCACCUCCACCAGUCACUUCAUCCUCUAGCACGCGUGUAUCAACUCAAAACGUCACACAAUCACCAGAAUCGCGUGCAUCAAGUACGACCACCGCCCAAGUAGCAGCGGUCACACCCCAUCAAGUUCCUAAAACGGUUAAGAGAGGAAGUCCCAGCAGAGUGAAAGAGAAUAUGGAAACCGGCAAUGCAUCGUACUUUAUUCCAAUUCCGCCGCCACCUCCGCCACCGCCGUUCAAAAUAACAUCCUGGAAGUUUGUGCGCGUUGGCGACUACGUUAGGGUGGCAAGUUUUAACAGCUCCCGAAGUGGAUCGCCGGAUUUAGAUAGUGAGGAUCCAUCAGAUAAGGAGUCGAGUCCAAUGGCAAGAAAAGAUAACGGCGGCGAUUCUAUAACGCCACAGUUCUGUCCAAGUCCUGACGUUAACGCAAAAGCGGAGAACUUCAUCGAAAAAUUCAGAGCUGGUUUGAAGCUGGAGAAGAUCAAUUCUGUCAAGAGAAAGUCAAAUCUUGGGCCAAGCCCUGAUGGAGUCGGAGAAGAAGGCCCAAGUUAGAAUUUUUUAUUUUAUUUUGUUUAUUCAUUUAUUGAGGAAACGUUAACUUGAGUUGAUUGAGAUAUGUUGCAAAGAUGAAAUUAAACUAUACAUCAUGAACAUAGAUAUUCUUAUAAAAAUUAAAGAUGGGGCAAUGAUUUAUUUAA